GAGUCCAAGCGCGCUUCUUCCCCCGAAGAGCUGUUUCCAGGUCGCCUUCGAGCGGUCGGGACUUCCCCGAAGCCCCAACUUGGAGGAAUCCCUCCGCGUCACCGCGAAGAGGCCGCGUCGCGCCUUGCAGCCAAGGGGAGGCGGCCGCUGUUCCCCUCGCCAUGGCCGAGCCGAGCCGGAAAAGGCUCAAGGGCGGCCUGCCCGCGUGCACCCUCCACCGGCAUGGCAGAGCGCCCCGCCAGCUGGUGAAGCAGAAUUUCCCGCCCGUGGUGGAGGAAAGCUUGUGCGGGGUCACCGGCGCCCUGCUGGAAGUCGCCUACGUCUUCCAGAUGCUGGGUGAAAUCUUUGAUCGCUCUGAUAUGAGUCUACCAAAUGUUUCAAAAUUCUUCUGGGAACAGGCCAAGGAGGAGAAGGAAGCCGCGGAAGUACUGAUACAAUACCAGCACGACAGGGGGGGCCUGUACUGUACCAAAGUUAUCCAGAAACCACCCAACGUGUAUAUAAAUGGUGUGGCAGCGGCUCUGGAAGUUGCCUUAAUACAGUGGAAGAUGUUGGCAGGCUAUUUUGAGGAUCUUUAUGCUCUGAGUAUCAAGAACUCAGACCCCCACACUGCAAGCACAAUUAAGAAGCAAUUUCUAGCGCCCAAGAUCCAGAAGAUCAGGCUGAUGGGAGAUCUAAUUACGAAUGCUCAUAGGCUUAGGAGCGCUCAGGGUGGCAGAGGUGACCUUGAAAACUAUCUUAUAGACCGUUUACAAAAAGAACUAAGGCCAGACAUAGAAGCUCACGGCCGUCCCCGUACACCACUUCAGAAAUGUGCAGGGGCUGCGAAGGCGAUGCCGCUGUUGCCAGAGGAGUUCCCACAGCAGAAUGACAACAUAAAGCCAAAAUACUUAGGGCCGCAUUGCUACCCCUCUCAGCCACGGUGGAAAGGCUUGAGGGAGGCAGAUCAAAGACAGGGACACAAAUGGCAUUAGACUGCUUGAAAACAGGAAACCCCCCAGUGCCUAGCCGCUUUGGGAUAUUCAUCCAUCACUGAAUUGACCUAGCGUAGAUGUCUGUGGACGUAUGUGAUGGUAUCAUUUCUCAAAGCAGCAUUCCCAUAAGCAGAGUAAUUGCACCGUCGCCUUUGAGUCAUCAGUGAUUUUUGUUGGUUGUGCCAAAAUUGAGAGGGCCGUUGUUUUUAUCUUUUGUAAAAUGGUCACACCCCAAUUGCAAAAUUUUGGUAACCUGUAUUAGCUACUAUGCACUUUGGUCUUCUUCUAGCACAAACUAGAAGUGCUGUACAGCAGAGUGGCUUAGUGAGCCUGCAUUGCAAUUUUUGCACACACAAUUUUAGGAACUUUCCAGAUUGAACUUAUUUGGAGCCAGUUGACAUUAUGUGAACGUUAUAUCACUUGCUAGAAUUACUACUUUCAUUUAUACUAAGAGUUACUGCAGCCCAUGUGCAGCACACAGUCUGGAGUGUAACUGGCAUUAAAGUUGUGAGUGAUCGAUUUGGCUACUGCAUAAAUUAGUUUGCUCUGGAGCCCUCCUUCCUGAGCUAGGACAAAAAUGUGUGAGCCAGAGCAUUAGAGCAACUAGAUUCAGGCCAAUGGCAAUAACUUGGACAAAAAUGUGUGAGCCGGAACAUUAGAGCAACUAGAUUCAGGCCAAUGGCAAUAAUUUUUGCUUUUUCUACUAUGAAACAAAAUGAUCUUUCAUAAAGUUAUUUCUGUGAAAUCACGAAACCAAUUAGAUUUUCAUCUUUUAACGGUUGCUCAGAUGGGCUUCCUCUAUACUAUUAAUUAAAUUCUAUUUUAGUAUAUCUAUUUUAUACUACCAAAAUGAUUUUAUAUAA